CGCACGUCACAGCUGAUCUGAUCUGACAAGAUGGCGACCGAACCUGCCAAAUAUGUAGGAAAGAAAACAUUAGGUCGGAUUGUAUGAGUACUAAAAGGUAGAAAAGGACGUUUAGUCAGUGAGGGCGGUUUAUAUAUAAAUAUAUAAAUAAAUCAAUAAUGUGGACGGAAGAGGCGUCGGACAGCGAGGUUGCUGUGACCGGUGAGCGCUGGGCUCCGGUGGGCGCCGUCACUGAUCCCGAGGAUGAACCCGAAGGUCACGGAGCUCCGUGCGGACACGCGGCCGCUCGACUGCGGCGCCUGGAGGAAGAGCACCAACAGCUGCACUCGUCCCUGCUGGCGCUCACGUCGCACUUCGCACAGGUGCAGUUCCGCCUCAAGCAGAUCGUCCACAGCCAAAGCGAGGAGCAGGACAAGCAGAAGAUGCUGAAGGAGCUGGAGGACUUCGCCUUCAGAGGAUGUCCUCAUGUCCUGGGCUGCAGAGCACAGCAUCCUCUCGAGAACUCAAGCGAGAGAGAAAAGAGGGAGCGCCUGGAGGCUCAGAGGGAAAAGCAGAAGGAGCUGAUCAUCCAGCUGAAGACGCAGUUGGACGAUUUGGAGCGUUUCGCCUAUCAGGAGGGCAGCUAUGACUCACUCCCCCAGUCUGUCGUCAUGGAGAGGCAGAAGGUGAUCAUCGACGAGCUGAUUAAGAAACUGGAUGUGAACCUGAACGAGGACAUCGGGAACCUGACGCCCGAGGAACUGAGACAGCGCGUAGACGUCGCCAUCGCACAGAUCGUCAACCCCGUGCGCGUCAAAGAGCAGCUGCUGGAACAGCUCAAAACCCAGAUCAGAGAUUUGGAGAUGUUUAUUAACUUCAUACAAGAUGAAGUAGGGAACCCGCUCCUGUCAGACAGAGCCAACAGCCAGCAGAGCCGAUCGUCCGGACCCACACCUCGAGGACAGGGAGGCAUGAAGCAAGUGGACCCUGAACGUGCUGAGCAGCUACGUGCCAGCGGGCUACGUCUGGUCCAGCGUGCUUUAGCGGUUCUGCAAAUCUUCGCUCUGAGCCAGAUGGGCUGUUCGGCAGGCACCAUGGCGCCAAAGGCGUGGCCUCCAGCCGACGGAGCUCCUGAUUACGGGCCCCUGUUGAACAAACUCGAGGGAGCUGUAGAGCGUGUACGUCUCCUUGCCUCUCGCCUCCAACCUGCAGGUCAGGAUGAACCCGUGGUGAGCUACACUUCCUCAUCGACACCCCCAUCUGCUCCUACAGGUCCUCGACAUGAGCUCAUAGUCAUUGUGAGGAAAGAUCUCUCCCUUGCGCUGCGUGACCUUCUCGCUCACGGCCUUUACGCGCCCUCUGAAGGCAUGAGCGUGGUUCUGGCACCUAUUUCCUGUCUCCUGCCAUUCUCCAGAUCCUCACAGCAGGAUUCCCUGCACCCCUGGGAGCUCUUCGUUAAGUAUUAUCACGCAAAAAACGGUCCUGCUUUCGCCGAAUCGCCCGCUCGCCAGCUGUCGCAGUCCUUCAGCCUGCCUGUAGGAGGAACCUCGGCGGUCGUGACUCCUAAAAACUCGCUCCUGUGGGCUGUGCACAGCGUACUGAGGGAGCACGGGCGCUAUAAACGCAGCGCGGACUCCGAGUUCAAGGCGCUGGUGUGUAUGGCAUUGAAUGAGCAGAGGCUGGUGUCCUGGGUCAACCUGCUGUGUAAGGCAGGGACUCUGAUCCACGCUCACUACCAGCCCUGGAGCUACAUGGCACAGACCGGCUUCGAAGGGGCGCUAAGGAUUCUAGGACGUCUCAGCCACCUGAAAUUUGACCUGCCAGUCGAUCUGGCUGUACGUCAGCUCAAAAACAUCCAGGACGCGUUCUGAGUCUGUCAACCUCUGCUUAUAUCAUAGAGGAAGAGAACAGAGCUGAGCCCAAAUGUCUGAUCUUAAAACCAAGAUCCUAGAUUUACUUUUAAAGGUGCAGUUUGUUAAGUCUAAAAGACCUGGAAACAAUCGCUUUAUUUUUAAAGACACCUUUAAAAUGUAACUCUCUAGUAAAGAAGCGCAUUUAUCUCACUAGGUUUGUAAAUAAGCUCCGCCCCCAGUAUGAAAAAAAGACUUUUUCCUUAAACGCUGACCCGUGGGUCAUAUUGCAGAUUCGUGGAGGGGGUUGAGGGGGCGGAGUCUGUUUGGCAUAAAAUCACAAACUGCUCCUUUAAAACUUUUUAUCCAAAUAAGAAAUUAGAAGUAAUGUAACCUCCGAACUGUUAUGAGCUGUGUACAAGUCACAAAGCGGUUUCAGGGUGUGACAGGAGUGCCUUUAAUAUUGUACAUUUACUGUAUACUUCAGUUUGUGUGCAAUCGAGAGCUUUAUUAAUUUAUUUGUUUUUUUACAUUCCUGAGUCAGAGUCGAGACGCGUAAGUAAACGUUCUGGAAACUUUUCUGGCUGUAGUUUGUGCUGCUGUUGUUUAUUGUGUGGGUAUCGAAUGGCCUGCAUGCUAACAGGGUCUUACAGGCUGUGGGUUACACAAUAUACUGUAUAAAGAUAUACAUUUUAGAUAAUUCUGGGUUUAUGCAAACAAGUGAUGAGUCAUGUGUGUGCUUGUAGUUUAUCUCUUGUGGGCGUGUACCAACAGACACUCCUUCAGAUUGUGGGCGUGCACCAACAGACACUCCUUCAGAUUGUGUGCAUGUACCAACAGACACGCCUUCAGAUUGUGGGCGAGUACCAACAGAUACUCCUUCAGAUUGUGGGCGUGUACCAACAGAUACUCCUUCAGAUUGUGGGCGUGUACCAACAGACACUCCUUCAGAUUGUGUGCGUGUACCAACAGAUACUCCUUCAGAUUGUGUGCGUGUACCAACAGAUACUCCUUCAGAUUGUGGGCGUGUACCAACAGACACUCCUUCAGAUUGUGGGCAUGUACCAACAGAUACUCCUUCAGAUUGUGGGCAUGUACCGACAGAUACUCCUUCAGAUUGUGGGCGUGUACCAACAGAUAAUCCUUAAGAUUGUUGGCAUGUACCAACAGUUACUCAUUCAGAUUGUGGGCGUGUUCCAACAGAUACUCCUUCAGAUUGUGGGCGUGUACCAACAGACACUCCUUCAGAUUGUGGGCGUGUACAAACAGAGUCCUUCAGAUUGUGGGCGUGUACCAACAGAUAGUCCUUCAGAUUGUGGGCGUGUACCAACAGAUAAUCCUUAAGAUUGUUGGCGUGUACCAACAGUUACUCAUUCAGAUUGUGGGCGUGUACCAACAGAUAGUCCUUCAAAUUGUGGGCGUGCACCAACAGAUACUCCUUCAGAUUGUGGGCGUGUACCAACAGAUAAUCCUUCAGAUUGUGGGCGUGUACCAACAGAUAAUCCUUAAGAUUGUUGGCAUGUACCAACAGUUACUCCUUCAGAUUGUGGGCGUGUACCAACAGAUAAUCCUUCAGAUUGUGGGCGUGUACCAACAGAUACUCCUUCAGAUUGUGGGCGUGUACCAACAGAUACUCCUUCAGAUUGUGGGUGUGUACCAACAGAUACUCCUUCAGAUUGUGGGUGUGUACCAACAGAUACUCCUUCAGAUUGUGGGCGUGUACCAACAGAUACUCCUUCAGAUUGUGGGCGUGUACCAACAGAUACUCCUUCAGAUUGUGGGCGUGUACCAACAGAUACUCCUUCAGAUUGUGGGCAUGUACUAGAGAUUUGCAUUUAUGAUUCCCAAAAAAAGAUGCUGGUGUUGAGAGGUCAUGACUAAUACGGGUCAUUCCUGAACUCUAAAAGUAUUUAAACAUUACACUGUAUGGGUUGUAUUUUGCUAGUGACGUGUACACUGUGUUCACUUCGGCACUGAGGUGUUCUUCACUUCACUGUUGACACUUUUAUCUUUUGUUUAUUGCUAGUUGCCAUGAUGUCAUUGGGUACGUUUUGGACACGCAAAAGAUACAGCUGGUUAGCUAAUGGAGGAUGUCCAUAGUUAGCUAACGAAGGAUGUAGCUAGUUAGCUAACGGAGGAUGUAGCUAGUUAGCUAAUGAAGGAUGUAGCUAGUUAGCUAAUGGAGGAUGAAGCUAGUUAGCUAAUGAGGGAUGUAGCUAGUUAGCUAAUGGAGGAUGUAGCUAGUUAGCUAAUGGGGGAUGUAGCUAGUUAGCUAAUGGAGGAUGUAGCUAGUUAGCUAAUGGGGGAUGUAGCUAGUUAGCUAAAGAAGGAUGUAGCAAGUUAGCUAAUGGAGGAUGUAGCUAGUUAGCUAAAGAAGGAUGUAGCUAGUUAGCUACACAAAACCACACACUAACAAUGGAAAUUGUUCCUGAAACAAACGAGUUCCUGCUAAUGUAGAAAUUGAUCACAUUCACUGCAUCACUGUUCAUAGUGAACCGAUUUUUACUUCACUCCUCUUUUGCAUAAAAUGACUUCAUACUACAAAAUAAAAGUUUUGUGUCACAUACUCAACCAAAUAAAUAUGAUAUCUUGAAUGUAAAACCCUCUACUGUGCCCUUCUAUAGCUUUUGCUUCUGUUUUUUCCCUCAAUCUUGAGAAGAGUUAAAAGUAUAUUUUUAUGAGUCAGUUUGCUAAAGAACACCCGACGGCUUGAUGUUCAGAUGUACGUUUGGGUGACGUUUUAUUCCUUUCAUUCCCUUUUCCUCAGAUGAUGUGUUUGUCUCAGUUCUGCACCUUUUGGCUCAUUUUGUUGUUUUUUUCCCUCUAAAUCCCCUAUAAAUCUUAUACUUUUUUUUUUUUACAUAACAGUUUUAUUUGUCAGAUCUUUAGUUUGGGUUUAUGUUUCAGUGCUGAUUUCAAAAUUAUCUCCAAAAUGUAAUUUAGUUUAAUUUACUUUAAUAUCGCUGUGUGUGUUGUACGUACUUGAAAAUAUAUCCGAUUGAUUCAGGUUGAUUCAGAUGCUGUAUAAAAUAAAAGAAAUCAUAAUGAAGCUGA